ACGUCGCUAUUUUCGGCCGGCGUGACUCACGGGAUAUAAGCGAGUACGUUUAGUUGGGUGUUCACAAGUUGUCGGGCCACCGUGGCGCACAGGGUGAUCCGCGUUCGCGCAAGGCACACACACGUCGCGAUCCUACCGUCGCGCUGACGUUCUCGUUCCGUUCCGUGGAGCAGAAGGACGGCACACGCGCACCACAUCGUGAGUCAUUGUUGUGUUGACAGUCGAGACAGGCCGGCAGGCGAGGCGGACCUAGCGCAGACCAGGGCGGACGGACGCGAGCAGGUUGCCGCUCCACCGCGGAGACCGGUCGCCCGUCGCGUCGACGUAGCGACACCGGACGUGCGUCGACUCCCGCUCGUAUCCCGGGCGCCGCGCCGGUGGUUGGUGCGCGAUAGCUACGCCGAGUGACUGUGACGGUGCGGCGUGGAACACGGAGAGAACCGGCGGUCGUGCCGCGAGUGAAUUUUCGCGUACAGCCGCGCGCGCGGCUGUUAUGUAAUCACCGCGCCGCAGAGCGGAGUGUUUGCGCGUUGACGUAGGCAGAGAGGAAGGAAGAGAGAGAGAGAGAAAGAGAGAGAGAGAGAAAAAGGAACGUCGCAGAACACGUUGACGUGUUGAGAAACUCUCGAAAGGCCCGUCGUUGUCCUUAACGCGUUCCGGAGGGGGAACGAGCGUUUUCCCGUCCGGAGGUGAGGAGACCAGAGGGAGUCGAGGGUGACACCUCGGUGUUCCUAAUCGAGGCGAGUCAACCAGCCCGGCGGCAUCGAUGGUGCGCAGCCUGGCGAUGGAGCAGACGUUCUACGAGGACGCGGGCGUCUACGGCGGGAUGAACGGCGGGCGCGAGAACAGCGUGGGCCAGCUCAAGCGGAACCUCACACUGGACCUCAACGGCUGCCAGAGGCCGGGCCCGCAGGCCAAGAGGCCGCGGCUGGGCCCGCUGCCGCCGGCCCUCAACAACGUCACGCCAAUCCUGAGCUCGCCGGAUCUCAACAUGCUGAAGCUUGCGUCGCCGGAGCUCGAGAAGCUCAUCAUGACGCAGUCGGACGGCCUGGUCACCAGUUUACCCACACCUACCACCCAGAUCCUGUUCCCCAAGGCGGUCACCGAGGCCCAGGAGUUGUACGCGAGGGGCUUCGUCGACGCGCUCAACGAGCUCCACCACUCGGACAGCUCGCAGGAACCCGGCAGCAUGCACGGCGCCACGUACACGACCCUGGAGCCGCCCGGCAGCGUGCAGAGCACCGAGUCCACCAUGAGCAACCCCGGCCUGGUGCACGUCAAGGACGAGCCGCAGACGGUGCCGAGCGUGUCGAGCACGCCGCCGAUGUCGCCGAUCGACAUGGAGAACCAGGAGAAGAUCAAGCUGGAGAGGAAGCGGCAGAGGAACCGCGUGGCCGCGUCCAAGUGCCGACGGCGCAAGCUCGAGCGCAUCUCCAGGCUCGAGGACAAGGUCAAGCUGCUCAAGGGCGAGAACACCGAGCUGAGCGGCAUCGUGCACAAGCUCAAGGAGCACGUGUGCCGGCUCAAGGAGCAGGUCAUGGACCACGUGCACGCCGGCUGUCCCAUCAUGGCCGUCGGCAAUCAGUUUUGAAGCGCCCCCCUCCCCCCCCUCAAUCGUCGUCAGGUGUCUCGCCGCCACCGCGCUCGCUGUCUUCUUGCCCUCGCGGCUAAGUUUCCGCGCCGAAAAUCAACAGUCGACUCUGUCGCCUAAACGACAGUUGGUUAGACGUGGCCGUGUUGGAGCCGACUAGGAUCCAGGUGUCAAUAACAAGAGGAAGAAGUUAUGUCCGGAACAGAAAUCGGCGCGUAGUACUAAUGUGGAAAGAAACGGUAUAUAG